UUUCCGUGAGGCCGGGCCCGUCGCCCAACCCGCCGGGAGCGGGGCCCUGCGCCGGCUGGCUGCGCUGCGGAGGGCCCGGGCCGGGCUGCCUUCACGUGCCGCCCUCAGCUGCGUGAAAAACGGGGCCUCUCUUAGUGCGAGUGAGGGCGUGCUCAUACGCAGCGCUCAGCGCUCCCGGGGAAAGGCGCCUGUGGGAGAACCCCGCUUUUCCACGGGUGUUUAAGUGACUGCCCUGCCGUGAGGGGACAGGUGCUUCGAAUCCAGGGCAAUAUUUUCCUCUAGAGCACAACUUUAGAAACCACAGGCCCUGAUCCUGCUGGCAAGUAGGUACACAUUAAAUAUUAGCAAUAGCAAUGCCAUUUGAUUGCUUGACUUCUUUUUGUAUAAUAAUAGUUCAGUAAUAAUUAUGAAUAACAACUCGCCUCUUCUUCAGUAUUUUGAUUUAACAUUUUUUGCAGUGUCAGGCUAUGGAACUGCUUGGAACACUGAUUUCUGGUUUAAAUGAUUUCCCUGCUGCUGCAGGAGUAUUUAGGAAGGUUUCUAUUGUGUUACCUAUACCAUAAAUGUUCUCUAUUCUAAAAAUCAUCUUGUUACUUAAAGUGCUCCAAAUAAGGAAAAAAAAAGGAUACCUGGUGUUUUAUGGCUAGGUAUUGCUGAAUACAGGUUUUAUGUACUUGUAAACCAGCUGUACCUAUCUUGAGUCCAAAUGGUAUUGUGGUCCUCUGGUAAUAGCCAGUGAGAAGAACUAAAUACUGAGUGCUGCUAUUUGAUUUCAACAGUAAGUACUAAUAGAAAUUAUUUUAUGGUCAAUAAUAACCUAAGUACCUCAUUUAGAAGUAACUUUAUACUAAUUACAGAUACUGCUGUAUGCAAAUGAAGGUUUGUGAUUUUCAUCAAUUUUGAUAUCAGCUAGCAGGGUUCUUGCCAUACUACCAGGUCUGGUUGAAGCAGCCUCUGUGCACAGUAUUCCAUGUGCUAGCACAGUGUUACUGUGUGAGCCAAAUGAUCACCCAGGUAUAAAAUUGCAUUGGUUAGGCAGGUCAGUUAUGGACAGGACUACAGUCUUUGCCUGAAAUCUGGUACGGAAAUUCAGACAAAAGGUAUUUGGUGCUUGUAACAAUCACCAAACAAUGGAUGACAGAAAUAAGACCUAUUCUGUUUAUUUCCCCAGUUGAGCAUGUGUAUGUGUGUGUUCUGCCACAUCUGUGUUCCCUUGAGUUCUUGUUAGGUGCCACCAGCCUGGGCUACUGCAGCCCACGUAAAUAAAUCUCCUUGAGCUGCUAUUCACUUACACAGAGCAUCUUCUUUGGAACCCACAUGAUACAUCCCUUGCUCUUAUGCAGAGUGAGUUUGCUUCAGCUACAAGGUGCUUAGCUUAAGUUCUCCUGUCAGUUUUUAUUUGCCAUUGUGUUCCUCUCAUUAUGUAUUUAUUUGGACCAAGAUUAUUGAUUUAGCAGAUAGGUGCUGUUGCUGGUAUAUUGAUUCACUUGCAGUGCCAGCAGGAGUUGUUGGCAGAAAGAUCUCCCUUCUUUUUUCUUGCUCAAGUUGCAAGCAAACGUGUAAUACAUUCCUCACUAUUCCAGAGUUGUUUCAGUUUCUAAAUAUAUGAAAUGUUACUAGUUCUAAGUGUAUGUAUGUUACUACCCUGCUUGUUGUUUCUUCUUUCAAAGUUGCUGUACAGCUGCACUACCUGGCUUUUUAAAAAGAUCAUAUUGAAUUUUGGAGGGAGAUUUGAGCAGCAUGGUCAAAGUGCCAGGAGAGUUUCCUGUGAUGUAAACAGAAUUCUGCAUCCAGAAGUUUUUCUGGUUUCCUUUUGGUUGGUAACUGUCUUAGUAGCUUUUCUACUCCACAAUCACAUGGAUUAAGUUGUUGAAAAAACAGCCCUACAGCUUGAAUUGAACUGAAAUGGAAUACUCUGAAGAUGGCUAUGAAUAAUUCAGUUUCCUCUGUUGGAAGACUCAAAAUGAUUUUAGGUACUGAUGAUUGCUGGUACAGGAAGGAGUUUGACAUCUUUGACUCAAAAAGUCACUUGGAAAUUGCCAAACAGAUCAUUUAGUAAGCGGACCUAUUACACGAAUCAGAAAGUUAGCAGAGGUCAUUUACCAUUCCUAAGCUGGAUUAGCUCUUGAAUUUUUUCUGGUGUUCUCUACACCUGCAGAAUUGCCUAUUGAAGCAACUUGUGUUAGCAGUAGCCCUCCCAAAACAAGUAGCUGUAAUCAGCAUUUUAAGGAACAGUCAUAGCUGUUUCUGCAUAUAUAAAAUUAUAAUUAUACAGCAGAAAUUUAAAAAAAGAAAAGGUCUUCUUUUUGUGUGCUGUGUAAGUGGGCUUAUUUUUAAUUAGCUAGAAAAGUUAGUAAUUUCUUGAGUAGUUUGAUACUACAUAAAUGAAUUAAAGCAAAUCCUAAAUUACCUGCUCAAGCUGUACUGACCUCUUAGUGGUUAUUAAAUAAUUAUUAUUUAUCAGUAUAUAGCCUGAAACAGUAGUUUCAUGCCAAAACAGCAUGUAAAAUAUUGCAUUCCUAGCAAACUUUAAUUUUAAAUAUCUCUAGUGUUUUAAUCAUUUAGUUGAAACUAAUUUUCUGGGAGAUUAAAUGAUCUCCUAACUGUGCUGCGAAGAUUUCUUACCUUUAUUUCAGAUGAGUAAAAAUCAAGUACUGAAUAGUGAAGUCACAUUUGACUGUUUGAUUAGCAAUAGUAAAUGAAGACAAAUAGGUCAAUAAUUAAACUUAAUUUUAACUUCCCUAUAAUGUGUUUCUGUGUAUCAGAAUCAGAAACUAGGUGUUGCUAUAAAUUUAUUUUUCUGUGCAAAUUUGACAGAAAUAAAUGCUGAAUAUUUCUAAAGUAAAUUCCCUUUUUUAGAUUUUGUACAUCUAUUUUUAUAGGCUUGAAGUAGUUAAGUAGUGUUUUUACCAGUUAAACUAUGAAAUACUCCCAUGAAUUGUAGGUGUUUUUAAAAUUGCAAAGAAAAAGUAAAAUCCUCUUUUUUUUUUGCAUCUGCUGAUAUUUAUUAUUGUGCUUAUUGCAUGAACCCUGUUAUUUAAAGUCAAACUUACACAGCAGUCAAAAAUGUCAAAAAGACCUCAGAUUCAUAUUUUUGUGGGAGCACCCAGUAUCCCGAGGCCGCGGGAGGGGUUCGAGCAGAGCUCAGCCCCUGCUGGUGAGCGAUGGAGGGAGCUGCGCUGUUUGUGUGACAGCCCUGGCUGUGUUCCUGCGAGGCUCCGGGCUGCUGCUGCCCCCUCGGUGCCCCAGGCAGAAAGCUCCGCACCCACAGGUGUCCCCACCAGUGGGGACAGAGGUCAGCAGGGCAGGUUCAUGGCAAAAGAAGGAAAAGAUUUGCCAUCUCCUGCCCCUGUGGGACGAACUUGUACCUGCACGCCUAAAAAGAGCCCAGGUUUAACUUGCUCUGAUUGUCAAGAACCCAAAGAUGGAUUUACACGUGCAGAUGUCAAUCAGGCUGCAGGUCAGCACCUGCCCCAGGGCUGUGCAGAAUCAGCUGGACAAGAGAAAGCAUCAGGUGCCUGCUGCCCAGAGCUCCCUGAGAGAAAAGCGUGUCCUUCAGAAGUUAACAGCACUGACAUUUCUGCUUUGGUUGCCAGCACUGAGCAGGUCAGCAUCCAUCUACAGUCUGUGGGACUUCAGGCAGCUCACAGAAGUGAGCAUCAUGAACAUCUGAGUCAAUGUAUGGAUGUGCUUUUCCAAAAAGGUCAGGAGUCCAAAGCAAAAGAACCAAAUGACUGUGCAAACUUUGCAGUGUCAGCGGACACUGAGUUUCGUAGUGUAGUGACUUCGAGUCGGGUGGCUGUUUUUGCACAGAAUGAGAUGCAGCAAAGUAUUCUAAAACUAUCAGAAAUAGAAGCAGGCAAAAGAGCUGAAACAGGACAGUAUGAUCACUUGCAAUGUGACUCUGGUGUUGGAACGUGUACUACUGCUGUGACUGAAAAUGAAUAUGAGGAAGAGGAUGCAAGUUCUCUUGAACUUUUCAGUUCUGACGAUGAUGGGGAAAAUGUUUCGAUUAAAGCUACAAAACAGGAAGAGAAUGCUCAGGAAAAUGCAGAAAAGCUUCAAGAAGUUAAUGUUCCUGCUGAGCAACUUGUAAAUGAAAUCCAUAUUGAGCCAUUGAGCUCUGGGAUACUGUGCUCUCAAGGGAACUGUUCUCACAAGAACUUUUCUAAAAGGCCCCGCAAGCAUGAAGUUUCCCUUCAUCUUUCUCACUCAGCAUUUAGAAGACAGCUGAAAUCCAAGAGAGCUAAACUGAAUUCUUCUCCACCUGCUUCUGGGGUGAGAGUGGAUCCAGACAGGAUGGCAGAGUUCAAGAAACUCCAAAAGAAACUAUCACUACUUAAGAAUUGCUGCAGCAAAAAUCAAAAGUACAAUAUUUUGGUUGCAGUUGUACAUCCUUGUCAUAUCAAAGAAAUACAGAAGAAGACUAAACCAAAAUCUUCAUGUAAAGUUGCUGUGGCAACAAUUGUUGUUACUGACCAGUCAGAAAUUGAGAGAAAGGUGGUCCUGUGGUGUGGUGCUGCAUUUUGGUCCCUCACUGUGUUUCCAGGGGAUAUUGUACUGCUUACAGAUAUAAUAAUGUAUGAGAAUCCUUGGUGUGGAGAAGUCAUGCUUCAGUCAACAUUUACCAGUCAGUUACUGAAUCUGGGGAACUGCUCAGCUCUCAAUACAGAAGAAUUGGAUGAUGGUGUUCUGCAUGGCUUAUUGGCAUACAUAUCAUCAGAAUUUCCACACUUCAGAGACAUUCCACAAAGACAAGUUCAGAGACUGGAUGAUGUUCGGUAUGUGCAGCUAGAUCAGCUCCAGCCAAAUACUUUGGUGCACUCAAUCCUGAAAAUUAUCAAUAUUUCUGUGUUAACAGAAUCUUUGUACAGCUACAGAGGUGGCAGCCAAAGAAAAAUUAUUCUAACAGUAGAACAGAACAGAGAUCAACACUAUAGGAUGGUUCUGUGGGGAGCAGGGGCUGCCUGGUACCCCCAGCUUCAGAGGAAAAAAGACCACAUAUGGGCCUUCAAAUACCUUUUGGUCCAGUGUAGUUCUGUCUCAGGUGACCUGGAACUGCACACAACUCCAUGGUCUUCCUAUGAGUGCUUGUUUGAUGAUGACAAAAGGGCAGUUGAAUUUAAAGAAAAGUUUCAGAAAAGUCAAACAUCCCUCAUGGAGUUGACAAGGCUCUCAGCACUCCUGGAUGAAAAAUGCUCAGGAGUGGUCCAAGUGAAAGCCCAUAUCUUGGAAUUGAAGUUUACCAUUUCCACUGGUCAGUACAAGCAACUCAUCUUCUCUGCUGACACUUCCCUGGAAUGUGUUUUGGCUUCUCUGCCUAUGAUUACGUAUUCAGGUUGUGCCAAAUGUGGUUUGGAGCUACAGGCAGAUGAGAACAUGAUCUAUAAGCAAUGUAUUAGAUGUCUGCCAUACAGCAAAGUAAAAACAUUCUACAGACCUGCUUUGAUGACAGUAGAAGAUGAAGGACAUGAAAUUUAUGUUCAUGUGGUGUCUGAGUUGAUGGAAAAAAUCUUCCUCAAUAUUCCUGCAGAUUGGCUGAAGAGAUUAGUAGUGCCCUCUUCAGAUGUAACCUACAGCGCAAUAGUAGCAGACCUGUGUCAUUCACUGCUGGCAGACACAGAAGCAUCCUAUUUGUUGGAAAUCAGAAGCCACUUCGUGCUAGAUGAGAACAGCUAUCCUUUGCAAAAGGAUUUCCAUCUGCUGAAUUUUCAUCCUGAUCUUUGACCUCUGCACUAACUGAGUAACAAAAACCAUAAGGACACACAGAUGGGAAGCAGAAGAAAAAUUACUUAGCCGAAGGAAGCAAAUAUCUUUUAAAAACGAUAAUAAAGGAUUUUGGUUUUAACUUAUGAAAAAAGAAAAACUAUCAAAAUGACUGGUAUGGAAUAUCUGCUAAUAGUAUAUACUGCUGGAGUAAUACUGAUGAAUUUUCAUAAGAUAUAUUUUUAUACAUGCAUAAUAUAUUUUUAUACAUGCAUAUUUGUCUUAAUAAUGAUGUUAAUA